AACCUUUCAUAUAUAAUGCGCAUUGCCCCCCCACCACCCCCAAUUCUCUCUUACAUUUUUUCUUUAUUACAGAAGCCCCUUUUAACACUUCUUUCAUCAGAAAUGGGAGCCGUUGUAAUAAAGCUAAUUGCUUUAGCUUUAACUACACACAUUUGCUUUUCCAUCACUUCUUCUUCUUCUUCUUUAUAUUCUGUGUCAGCAUCAGUAUCAGCAUCAGAUGAUAGAAUAACCGAGUUACCUGGUCAACCCCGAGUCAGCUUCCAACAAUUCUCUGGUUACGUAUUCGUCGACCAUAAUAAUGAAAGAGCUCUCUUUUACUAUUUCGUUGAAGCCGAAACCGACCCUGCUUCAAAGCCUCUUGUUCUCUGGUUAAAUGGAGGGCCUGGUUGUUCUUCUUUGGGCGUCGGUGCAUUUUCUGAGAACGGUCCUUUUAGACCCAGUGGGAAUGCUCUUGUCACAAAUGAAUUUAGCUGGAACAAAGAAGCAAAUGUUUUGUACUUAGAGUCACCAAUUGGAGUUGGGUUUUCUUAUUCUGCAAACUCUUCCUCUUAUGAUGGUGUUAAUGACAAGAUCACAGCUGAAGACAACUUGGUAUUCUUGCAAAACUGGUUCCUCAAAUUCCCACAGUACAAAGACAGAAGCUUAUUUAUUACAGGAGAGAGCUAUGCCGGGCACUACAUUCCUCAGCUGACUGAGCUGAUUCUUCAAUUCAACAAGAAAGAAAAAAUCUUCAACUUGAAAGGAAUUGCACUCGGAAAUCCGGUACUAGAAUUUGCGACCGAUUUCAAUUCAAGGGCCGAGUUUUUAUGGUCACACGGGCUAAUAUCGGAUACAACGUUCAAAGUGUUCACUUCUGCAUGCAAUUAUUCGAGAUACGUUAGUGAGUAUUACAGAGCUUCUUUAUCUCCGAUUUGUUCGAAAGUGAUGUCACUUGUUACUAUCGAAACGAGUAAAUUUGUCGAUAAAUACGACGUCACGCUCGAUGUUUGUAUCUCAUCUGUUCUCUCUCAAUCCAAAGCCCUUGUCCCUCAGCAAAUGACUGAUAAGGUGGAUGUAUGUGUGGAGGACGAAACGGUAAAUUACUUGAAUAGACGAGACGUUCAAAGGGCUCUCCAUGCGCGUCUUUUAGGGGUCAACCGAUGGCUCGUUUGUAGCAAUAUAUUGGAUUACGAACUGCUCGAUUUAGAGAUACCUACGAUUAAUAUUGUCGGUAGGAUAGUCGAGGCAGGAAUCCCAGUCUUGGUUUACAGUGGCGAUCAAGAUUCGGUGAUACCUUUAACCGGAAGCCGGAAAUUGGUUCAUAGACUGGCACGCGAGUUACGAUUGAGGACAAGUACACCGUAUCGGGUGUGGUUUGCUGGGAUGCAGGUAGGAGGGUGGACACAGGUAUAUGGUAAUAAUAAGCUGUCAUUUGCAACCAUAAGAGGGGCAUCUCAUGAAGCACCAUUUUCGCAGCCAGAAAGAUCACUUGUUCUAUUUAGGGCAUUUUUGCAAGGCAAACCUCUACCUCAAGAUUUCUAAUUCGUACAUUUUUCGAUAUUUAAUUGUAAUUAAGUAAAAAUGUUCGACAUCUCUCGAUGUAGAACAACCACAUUCGUUCGUUUUUUUUUCCCCGUUUGACUCGGCUUGUAAUCUAAAAUUUCUGUAAGAAUGAUCUGGUAAAGUUGAACGUCACGAAUUGAACGAAUUGAAUGAAUUUCAAAUGCUC